AUGACAGCACUGAAGGGGAACCUCUGGGUCAGGGUCCAACUGGGGCUCCCACUGCUGCUACUUUUGACCAUGGCCCUGGCUGGAGGCUCAGGGACUGCCUCAGCCAAAGCAGUCAACUCAGUCUUGGGUGAUACAGCAUCCUGCCACCGGGCCUGUCAGCUGACCUACCCCUUGCACACCUACCCCAAGGAAGAGGAACAAGAACAACUCAUGUCCCUGAUGCCAAAAAUGCAUCUGCUCUUCCCUCUGAUCCUGGUGUGGUCCUUCUGGAGUGACAUGAUGGGCUCUGCACAGAGCUUCAUCACCUCUUCCUGGACUUUCUAUCUCCAAGCCAAUGAUGGAAAAAUACUCAUAUUCCAGUCUAAGCCAGAAAUUCAGUAUGCACCACAGUUGGAACAGGGGCCUACAAAUUUGAGAAAAUCAUCUCUAAGCAAAAUGUCCUCAGAUCUGCAAAUGAGAAGCUCACAAGCACACAGGAACUAUCUUGAAGAUGGAUUUUUAAGAUGCCUCUCUGUGAACUCUAAAUGGAUUUUAACCAUCAUUCUCAUCCUAGCCAUCAUUCUCAUCCUCUCAGUGAUGGUAUUGCUCUGGAUUUGUUGUGCAGCUGUUGCUACGGCUGUGGAGCAGUACAUUCCUUCUGAGAAACUGAGUAUCUAUGGUGACUUGAAGUUUAUGAAUGAACAGAAGCUAAGCAGAUACCCAGUGUCUUCUCCUGUGGUUAUUAGAUCUAAAACUGAAGAUCAUGAAGAAGCAGGUCCUCUACCUACAAAAAUGAAUCUUGUUCAUUCAGAAAUUAAGGAUUUUUUUUUUAAAGAAAACAGUCAUAGACACCUGAAUUUCCAUUCCUCAUAG